GACCUAGCCCCCCACGCACGCACAGCACCCUCGCACUCGGACGGACGCACGCACGCACGCAGGCGCCCGCCCGCCCGAGCGCCGCCGCUCGCCGUCGCCGGCGACGAGCCGCCGCCCGCCGGCAAGGAGGAGCGCCGGCUGCAAUCUCCUGGUGCCGUGUCAAUUUCGAAGCUUUUCACAUGGAUUCAACAGCACAAGACUUCCAAGCCAGGACAUUCUCCAUCAAGCUGUGGCCACCGAGUGAAAGCACACGCCUCAUGCUUGUAGAGAGGAUGACCAAAAACCUGUCCACUGAGUCCUUAUUUUCCCGCAAGUAUGGACUUUUGGGCAAGGAAGAGGCUCAUGAGAAUGCUAAAAGGAUUGAACAGCUGUGCUUUGCAUCUGCAGAUGAGCAUUUCAAGAAAGAACCUGAUGGUGAUGGGAGUUCUGCUGUCCAGCUGUAUGCUAAAGAAACUAGCAAGAUGAUGUUGGAAGUUCUUAAGAAAGGCCCAAGGGUUACUACAGAAUCAGAAGUGCCAGUAGCUGAUACACCUCUUGGGCCUGGUGAUACUGUAUUGGAUAUAUCUGGUGGCAAGCGUGCCUUUAUCGAGGCAGAUGAAGCAAAGGAACUGUUGAGUCCACUUACCAAACCAGGAAACUCAUAUAAAAGGAUUUGCUUUAGCAACAGGAGCUUUGGUGUUGAUGCUGCUAAUGUUGCAGGAUCUAUUCUCGAGUCAGUUAAGAAUCAGCUUACAGAGGUAGAUAUAUCUGAUUUUGUUGCAGGAAGGCCAGAGGACGAAGCUCUUGAUGUGAUGCGCAUAUUCUCCAAAGCACUGGAGGGUUCUGUACUGAGAUAUCUAAACAUCUCCGACAAUGCACUAGGUGAGAAGGGUGUCAGGGCAUUCAGUGAGCUCCUGAAGUCACAGGAAAAUCUGGAGGAACUCUAUGUCAUGAACGAUGGCAUAUCAGAGGACGCUGCAAAAGCUCUUUCUGAGCUUAUUCCUUCAACUGAGAAGCUUAAGGUUCUCCACUUCCACAACAACAUGACUGGAGAUGAAGGUGCUGUGUAUGUUGCUGAGAUGGUUAAGCGGUCUCCAAAUCUGGAGAGUUUCAGGUGCUCAGCAACAAGGAUAGGAUCUGAUGGUGGUGUCGCAUUGUCCGAGGCAUUAGGGACAUGCACACAUCUGAAGAGACUGGAUCUUAGGGAUAACUUGUUCGGUGUUGAUGCAGGGAUUGCUCUCAGCAAAUCCCUUCCAAAGCUUCCUGAUCUCGUUGAGCUUUACCUCAGUGACCUCAAUCUUGAGAAUAAGGGUACAGUAGCAAUUGUCAAUGCCCUCAAACAGUCAGCACCUCAGUUGGAAGUCCUUGAAUUGGCUGGAAAUGAAAUAAAUGCCAAGGCAGCCCCGGCUUUAGCAGAAUGCCUAACAGCCAUGCAGUCACUCAAGAAGCUGACCUUGGCUGAGAAUGAACUCAAGGAUGCCGGUUCUGUGAUUAUUGCAAAAUCUUUGGAAGAUGGUCAUGCAGAUCUGAAGGAACUUGAUGUAAGCACAAACAUGUUUCAGAGGGCUGGAGCACGCUGCUUUGCACGGGCAGUUGCAAAUAAACCUGGUUUUGUGCAACUGAACAUCAAUGGUAAUUUCAUCUCUGAUGAAGGGAUUGAUGAGGUGAAAGAUAUUUUGAAGGCUGGUAAGAAUUCGCUGGAUGUUUUGGGCUCACUAGAUGAGAACGAACCUGAUGGGGAGCCUGAUGAUGGUGAUGAGGAGGAGGAUGACGAAGAUGCCAAGGACGAUGACGUCGAGGAUGGGCUGGAUUCGAAGCUGCAGAACGUACAGGUGUAGCAGGAUGAUGAACCAUGAAUAGGCUAACUAGUUCUAGCUUUUGGUCCAGUAAUCUUCUGAAUACCAGCUAGGCUGUUUGGAGUGGCGCCUAACCCGCCACAGCGUGCCUAACUUGUGGCGCUCAAAACGGCCGCCACACCUGUGGCGGAAAAAGUGUGGCGCGCCGUGGCGGGUUAGGCGGCACUCCAAACAGCCCCUGAGUCUAGUGAUCUAUCCUUGCCGUUUAUCAGAACCUUUUGUAACUUCUGAACUUUGGUAUCUGUGGUUGUCAGGGUCAGGUGAAGCUGACUUCAAACUUAUUUCAUGGACCCUAUUUAGUACUCCAACAUAUUUGCUGUGA